CCAAAAGUACUGCCACAAUGCGUUGGCUUCUCACAACUUGGCUUCUUCUGUUGGCCACCUUUUUGGGCCAAACAUGGGGAUAUUCCUACCUGAUGGUGAGCCAUACUGCCUCGAAAUCUCAUCAUGCAGUGGGUUUUGCGUUGGCCAAAGGUUUGGCUGACGCCGGCCAUGAAGUCACUUUGGUAUCACCAUUUCCCCAGAAGAAGCCCCUCAAGAACCUAGUCGAUGUAGACACGCCGAAUAUUAUCACCGUAAUGGGAGUUCAUAAGGCGCGGAUUCUGGAAAAUGCCAAAAAGUCGGUGAUUUGGCGGUACCCCACCCUUAAUGCCAUGGGAUUGGAUUUGACCCAGGCUCUUUUUAAGGCUCCGGCAGUGCAGGAGUUGCUGGCUCAAAACCGCACCUUCGAUGGCGUCAUCUGUGAGACCUUCAUGAACGAUGCCCACUACGGAUUCGCCGAACACUUCGGAGCUCCCUUAAUCACAUUCAGCAGCUUGGGAGCCACUGGCUGGACCUCUGACCUGGUGGGCACUCCAUCACCAGCCUCGUAUGUGCCGCAUAGUUUACUGCGAUUCGGAGAUCGCAUGAACUUCUGGGAGCGAGCGCAGAACUUGGGAUUCCAGGUGUACGAGUUUAUCUACCAGAACUUGGUUAAUCUGCCCAGACAUGAGGUGCUGUAUAAGAAAUACUUUCCCAACAACAAGCAGGACUUUUAUGAGAUGCGCAAGAAUACCGCCUUGGUGCUGCUAAACAAUCAUGUUUCGCUCAGUAAUCCACGUCCUUAUUCUCCAAAUAUGAUCGAAGUGGGCGGUAUGCACGUGAAUCGAAAGGCCCCAAAGCCCCUGCCCAAGAGUAUCCGGGAAUUCGUCGAGGGAGCCGAACAUGGUGUUAUAUAUUUCUCAUUGGGCUCCAAUCUGAACAGCAAGGAUCUGCCCAAGAAGCAGCGCAAGGCCAUUGUAGAGACCUUAAGGAGCCUCAAGUACCGAGUACUGUGGAAAUACGAGGAGGAAACCUUUCCCGAGAAACCCGAAAAUGUUUUUGUAGCCAAGUGGUUCCCCCAGGAUGAUAUCCUGGCGCACGAGAAAGUGAUUGCCUUUAUAACUCAUGGCGGGCUUCUGAGCACCAUGGAGUCGAUUUACCAUGGCAAGCCCGUGGUGGGAAUUCCCUUCUUUGGUGAUCAGUUCAUGAAUAUGGCGAGAGCUGAGCAGUCGGGCUAUGGAAUCACUGUAAAGUACGCCGAAUUAACUGCUCCUCUGUUCCGAUCCGCCAUCGAUAGGAUUACCAGUGACCCCAGCUACCUUGAACGGGUCAAGGUCAUGUCCCAUCAAUUUAGGGACCAGAAGGAGACGCCUCUGGAGCGCGCCGUUUACUGGGUGGAGCAUGUGACUCGGCAGAAGGGAGCCAAGUACCUGAGAAGUGCCUGUCAGGACCUGAACUUUAUUCAGUACUUUAACCUGGAUGUCUUGGCCGCCUUCUUUUCCGCACUUGGCCUAGUUCUUAUUUUGGCUAUUCUGUUAAUAAGAUUUGUGGUAAAUAAAGUAAGAAGUAGUCUUUCCAAGGCAAAGAGUUCAAAAAAGAAAACUAACUAAGUUAAGAUUAUAAUAUGAUGUUAGUUUAAAGCUACAAUAGUGUGUACUAUUAGAAUAUCGUAAAAAUGUUUAAUGCACUUUAUGACAAGCAUGUAAAGUUUUCA